AUGGGAGACCUAGCUUCUGAGAAACAUGUUAGAUAUAUAGUAUCAGUUGAAGAGAGGAAAGAUAGUUUUGAAUCCGUGGUAAUGGAGCAUCUGAGGAUGAAUGGAGCAUACUGGGGAUUGACUGCCCUUGAUAUUUUGGGAAAGCUUCACAUUGUCGAUGUUGAUGAGGUUGUUUCAUGGAUCAUCAGUUGUCAACACGAGUCAGGAGGAUUUGGUGGAAAUGUUGAACACGAUCCACAUAUCUUGUAUACACUCAGUGCCGUGCAGGUGCUGGCUCUCUUUAAUAAGCUCGAUGUUAUUGAUGUAGAUAAGGUGACAAGUUAUAUUGUCAGCCUGCAAAACGAAGAUGGAUCUUUUUCAGGGGAUAUAUGGGGUGAAGUUGAUACCCGGUUCUCAUACAUUGCUAUUUGCUGUCUAUCGAUAUUAAGUCGCUUGGAUAGAAUAAAUGUGGAAAAGGCUGUGAAAUACAUUAUAAGUUGCAAAAACAUGGAUGGUGGUUUUGGUUGCAUACCUGGUGGGGAAUCUCAUGCUGGACAAAUUUUCUGCUGUGUGGGGGCCCUUGCUAUAACAGGGUCAUUAGAUCUUAUUGACAAGGACCUACUUGGUUGGUGGUUAUGUGAGCGACAAGUUAAAUCUGGUGGUCUAAAUGGGCGUCCAGAGAAAGAUCCUGAUGUAUGCUACUCAUGGUGGGUUCUAUCUAGCCUGAUCAUGAUUGAUAGGGUUCACUGGAUUAGCAAGGAGAAGCUUAUAAAGUUCAUCCUGGACUGCCAGGACAUGGAAAAUGGUGGAAUUUCAGACAGACCAGAUGAUGCUGUGGAUGUCUUUCAUACAUACUUUGGGGUGGCCGGACUGUCGCUUCUUGAAUAUCCUGGGUUGAAACCGAUAGACCCAGCUUAUGCUCUACCUGUUGACGUUGUAAAUAGAAUUUUCUUUAGUAAAUAG